AUGGAUUUCCGACCAUCUCCACCUGGUCAAAGUUUCGCGGCUACCUCCUCAACCUCCAAAGCUGCCAUCAAAUCUCGUUGCGAAUCUGUGAUGCCCCAGUGUCGCCCAAUAUCUCUCGAGACUUCCUCCGUCAAGGUCGAUUGCCCUCUUGGCCCUGAUGUUCUCAGAGGAUCCCCCCUGGUGAUCCAAUGCGUCAAUUGCUUUACUACCUCCACCUGGUUUAGCCCGUCCGAUCAACGUAUCCGGAGAGACCCCGCGGCUGACGUCCCGCCCCCUUUAUCGACUAGUAGUCGCUCUACUAGCUCUGAGCCUAGCUCAAUCAACACAGACUUCUUCGCAGAGACUACGCUUCCCUCAUUAACCAAUCCCGCUUUCGUCAAGCCUGUCUCGACCAACCUGGGAGACAGACUUGCUACCCCGAAUGAGUCGGAUGGUAGGACCCCGGUUGUCGGGACUUUCAAGCCCUCCCUGUCGGAUUGUCCAGUAUCAUCAACUCCAAGUUGGACCGGAGGGAAGCUUCUUGGAGUCUGCUCGAGUUGCAGUUUCAGAUCCGACCCUUGUUCUACUUCACGCUCAGUUGCUGCCGGCUCCUCAAGUAUAACGUUGGUCCCAUCAGGAAUUCUUCCAUUCGACUCUAACAUCGAGAAGUUGCCGCCGUCUCACGCCGUCAAGCCAAUGUCUUUGCUUGCUGAUUCCUUGGCUACCCGAUAUCAGCUCCCUAUCUUGUCUACCACUUUCAGGGACUCGUCUCCCUUCGCUGAAGCAUCAAGUUCCUUGAACGAUUCCGACCCCAACUCGCAAGCUCCCCGAACGCUCAUCGCACAGCCGUCGAAUACGACCGCCGUCGCUGCCACAGACAUGCUCGAUCAAACUAACUUGAGACUCUCCCCUUUCGCCAAAAACAAUCAUUUGGGACUCCUCCAUCCCAUCAACGGUAAUAUUAGCCCCUCACCCCCAUCAAAAUCAAUCCCUUUCCCUCUCAAGAAAAUGGGUGCUUCGCAUGAAGAAAAUUCUCCAAUCAAGCAUUCCAACUCGCUAGAACCUCGGCCGUUGAAUUUCUCGCCCACGGCAAGAACCCGAACGAAGUCACCCCGCAACCCACUCAGAGAGCCUGAUCGCAAAGAUAUGACUCUGGAGGUGACGGUCAAGGGUGAAGGAGCUUCCUCCGAUUCCGUUGAACGUCCAGAUGUAGUCCACCGUGGCGCCAACUUGAGGACGCUGCUGAGAGAAGCCAAGAUCCCUCAAUCGGAUUCGGACGAAUCUUUUAGCUCUGGUCGGAGGGCCCCUAUCGCGGUGGACAUGUGGCAAGCUGCUAUGAUCUCUACACCACGCGACCGUCUGCGGAAUGCCAAUGGUGAUUUUCCCAAUUGGCAAGUUUACAGUGGGAGCGACAGCCCAUUUUAUCAGCACCUUUGCGGUCUCUCUGCUAGCACAAGCUCGCUAUCUGGAAAAGAAACUCUCAUCUCGACCUCAGGUACAAGCUUCAACGAUCACUCCGUCUGCGGCGGCUCACGCUCAUGCUCACCUCCAACGGAUAAACACAAGAAUUUUGAAGUGCACCGUCGUCCAAGUCUUGCGGGCCGUGUUGCACGUGAGGAGCAUGCAGACUUGGUCAAAGCCUCUUUGAAGCCCGAUCUACCGCCUACCGAAGCAGCUGUAUCUAAAGAGCAAUCAACUUUGGGUGAAUCUGCUGCUCCGGUCUCGAUAUCACAGAAGCUCGUCCCAUCUCCAUCCCUCGGCCGUGAUCUUGGCUCGGCCCCGGAAAUAUCGCAAAGUGUUCCCAAUCUUCUCAUCAAUCAACGCUCCUCAUCUUCCAAGCGGAAUGCAUUCUACGCCGCAGCACCAUUGGCUGCAACCUCGGAUCGGCUAGUCGAAGUCAAAAGUCAGCGAUCAUGUGUGGAAAACUCAUUGAGGCUCCCCCCGGAAGAUUUUCAAAGCAAAUCUCGUUAUUUUACGGUAUCAAUUUCUCCCCGGCCGACUUCUGCGACCUUCAGCCCAGGACAGAGGAUAUCGGUGCACGUCAAACUGUCCAACAAAGUCAAAGUCCGGAAAUACACGUCCAUCUAUCUCAUGCUAAUCGGGAAUUCGACUUCCGACGGCGACUCACAACCGUUGGCUACCCACGAUUUCUUGCGUCACAACUACAUGAUCCAUCCUAACCCUUCCGACGAAGUUCAACCGAUCUCCCACUCAGGCGAUCUAUGCGAGUGGCACAUUGAGCUCACCAUUCCCGGAUACGCUAAUUGUCCUUGCCAACCUGGUCCGCUCCCCCUACCCAGCACUGGCAAUCAUAGCUCCGGGGAUGUGUCCUACUCUUUGCAGCUGAAUGCAGAUCGAAAACAGCUGCUGUCGAACCAAGAAUCAUUGAGUGUCAAGCUACAUGUAACUACACAGGCUGAGGCACGUUAUCAAGUCACUACCCAGCCGUUUAGAACGCAGUCACGCAAAGGACGCAUUCCGUUUGCAGGUGGUUACCUUGGUGCAGUCGAUGAACUCUCGCUUUCUCACCAGGUGUAUUACCAAUCGGCCGACCGGCUGAGAGUUGGGUAUCAGUUCGAGCUGCAGCUCAGCUCCAACUCAUUCUUGCCGCCUGCAAUUGCAGAGGAUGUAUCAAAAGCAACCAAAGUCGAAGUUCAUCAUCUAAUCAAGGAGCAGUCCAAACAGUGCGGACUAAAGUUCACCGAUCACAGGUCAAAGGUUGUAGUCAUUCCUUCAGAUGACCGAGGUCAUUCCACCAAGUGGAUUGUGAAAGGGUUUUUAGAGUUCAAAUCGGUUGCCCAGCAGAUGAAAGCUGUAAGGGCGACCGUCGAAAGCACACCACGUACACCACGCCGACUGGAAACAUCUUUGGGGGCGCGUAGCCUCUUAUCAUCGUCCCAUGGCAGCAUGAGUCCUACUGGAUCCGGCUUGCCUCCCUCGCUUCAACAGGAAACCGAGAGACAGGCAAAGCUUACCAGUAGUCAGCUCUUCCUUACCGUAAGCCUCGAACAUUGCCCGGGUGUUUUCACCACUUCGUUUGAGGUCUCAAACUUGGUUGGCUCCGAAUUGCUGUCUCCGUGUCCCCUGCGAAAAUUAGGAGAUGAGAUGAUGAAGCGGGCGGUGAUGGCGGAGAAGAUGAAGAAGGUCCAAGAAGAAAAUUCGAAAAACGACAGAUCAUAG